GUGCUGCAGGGAAUAAAAAAUGAUCCCCGCAGUGAAAAGAAAUACUGUCCAGUUCUCUAGGCCAGGGCAGCCCCCUGAGCCUGAUGGAUUAAGUGGGGAGGGGAUCUUCAGUGACUCUGAAUGCAAAGAAGCUGCUUCAGAAAAGAACAGCCACACACCUAGCCAGUCCCAAGGGGACUCCCUAAAGGACACAUCGGACUCCUCUGUUUCUUCUUACCACACUGCUCUGUGCUCAGAGGGGGCUGAGAGUUUUAAGGACUGCGUGGAAUCUCUGGAAGAUGAAGGAGACACUCUGUUAACCCAGCCGCCUGAUGGUGACCCAGCUGAUGAAAGCGAUCUGCAUCGCAAGAACAAAACUGUACCGGUGAGCCUUUCUGAACAGAGCCUGGCUGGCCUGAAAGGUUUUUGGAGGGGCACUUCUGAGGACCCAGCUGAGCAACUACAUGGGACACCAAGUGAUUUUGACAAAGUCACAUGGGAGCUGCCUGAUAAAAACAGCAAAGGUGCUGGUGAUAUUUGUGCUGCUGCCUCUAUGGCCGUAGUUCAUUCAGCUUUAAAUAGAAGCCAGGCUUCAGGGGGGAGUUUAACAGCCACAGCUGAGAGGACAUUUAGCCCCCAGGCAGGCAGGGAGUGUGCAGCAAGCAAUCAAGUUUGCAGAUACAGAGGCUACCUCAGUGCCAAGGAGAAGCAACAGGUUCAGAUGUCAAUCACGGGCCCUGCUAAGAAUAGCUCUGCUCCAGGGUACAGCAGCAGGAUGGGGCUAGCCACAAGAGAGCUGCAGCCUGGAGACAGUGGGUCUAAAUAUUUGGAUCCGCCUUUACGAUUCAAUGCACCGAAACCCAGGGAGAUGUUCCUCAAAGAGCGCAAUACGAAGGGCAGCAGAGCUCCUGUGAUUAGCAAGGCCCCCUGCCCCCAGUAUUGCGCUGACAACUCCAGUGCUGGGAGCGACUCCGAAGAGGCUGAUAAUGAAGUUCAGAAGCUCACUGCUCUGUCGUUCCGGAGCCUCUCGUGCCCUCACGGUGGUUCCCUACAUAUGUACAGUUCUAGUAACAGGACAUCGUCUAGCUUGUCCAAUUCCUUGUCAGAAGACAGUAAUGGAAUGAACAGGUGGUCAACGUGUAAUGAGCUGAGAAAAGCAGAGGUGGUCAGCCAGGCAAAGGGCAGCAGACAAUUCCCAGCUGCCAGCCAAGUCCCAGAAAAAGAUCCGCCCAGUUACUCAUUCGGGAAGGACCCGUUCGAGUGUCUUGAUGUGGUGCUGGAAAGUGCCGACAGCAAAAAGGGCCACUCCAAAAAGAGGACCGUGCCCAAGCGGCAGAUCCAGCUCAAGCAGAGAGACAGGAAUGAGAUGAAUUUCCUCAGAGCAGGGGACUGCGCUGCCCAGCAGCCCUUUGCAGCCCCCAGGAACGACCCCUGCCCAAAGGGCAGGACCAUCAGCAAUGAAUUCAGGAUAAACUACAAACAGUUUCUGAGAACAGCGUCAUUAGACGACUCGUACAGCAAAACCAGGAUGGCCUCCUGCCUGGUGAAAAAUGUGCUGGCCAAGAAAAUGCAGUACGAGCAGAGGAUCAGAAUGGAGCAGAAAUCGAUGCAAGGCAGCUCGACCUCUUCUGUACCAUCCUCCGUAAGUACAGACCUCGUGGGGGAUUUCACGGAAGGGAAGUCAAGUUCUCUGUCCAAGUCCGACUGCAGCUGUUCAGCUGAAGAUCUGCAGAGUCAUUCAAUGAGCGAAAGGUCUGAGUCAAUGAGCCAAGAAAGCACUGAUGCCAUGCGGCCUACCAAAGGGGUAGUGCUGAACGAGCAGCAAAGGGAAAAUGUCUGCAAGCUGAAAAAGACGUUCAACGAGCUGAAUGAAAGACUGAAGUCUCAAGAAGCCACCCAGUCCAAGCCACUCCCCAUCUUGGCAGAUGGCGUGAACAGGGAUUCAGGCGACUGCAGGAAGCAGGUUGCCAGAGAGAGGAAAGAAUACUGGAGAGCUCGUGCCCUGUUUGAAUCCAAGCAGGCUGAGGUGAAAGGCUUGGGUGUCGCCCCGACGUUUUCCAAAGCACAAAAGCCAUGGCCCAGUUUGAAGCAGCGAGCAAUCAGCAAGAACAAGCACACGUCAUGGAAAGAGGAGAAGGUCCCCUUCAAGCCAAAAAGUGUGGUGGUGCCCAGGGAUCCAGCCAGGAACAUCUUCACGUCCACAACGCAGGAGAUGAAACUGAUCCCACAGAGCAAACCCGAGCAGCAGCAGAAGAUGCUGAAUGUCUCCAGGCAGCUGACUCCGGAGGGAGGUGCCGAGGAGAAGAGGCCAGCAGCAGUGCAGAGCAACAAGUAUUCCUCUCUCAUUUUGCCCACUUCCUGCAGAUCACGCAGCGAUGGGAAAAGCAGCCCCCCUGAAGCAUUGCGUGCUCAAGAGGCCAAGAAGACAGAGAGUAAAGGGAGGGGGCGAAUACAUCAGCCCAGGGACGUCAGAAAGUUAGUUAAGAACACCUAUAGCUUGUGCUUUAAAUCUUCAGACAGCUUCAAUAUAGACCAAGAAACCAACAGUGGGAAUAGCAUAAGCCUAUCAACAAAGGAGUCCACUGCAACUUCCCCUCUGUUUAUACACUGCACCUCAGUGUGUCGCAAAGAUGAUGUGCAAACGAAGACCCAUUCACAUGGAAAAAACCGGGAGCAGCAGUUGAACUUAGAUGUGUCAGCGCUUUCCAUACCAGAUCAGAGAGCGAGUGACCGGCAACACAGUGCCGCUUUAAACCCCAUCACUAAGCCCCACGUGGAUGAACCUGUCAGUCUUACCGAAAACAAAUGCACUGCAGUGGGUGAAUCUCCAAUCCACAUCACUCAAAUUCAGUCCAAGAAGAAGGUUGUAGUUGAGAAUGAAGAACCCCAGCUAAAGUCUGAAAAUAAACCAGUGUGUUACGAGAGGAGUGAGCUAAAUGUAACCCCAUGUUCCAAAGCCACGAGGAAAGCACCUCAGAUGGAAUCCCAGCUUCAUAUUAAAGUCAACAGUUCUCUUUCCAAGCAUCCACACAGAACACAAGCUGACCCCUUCCCUGCUCCAACUUACUCAGCUUCGGAUGGAAGAGCUACGACACAAGCUAAUUGCAACUCCCUAGAAAAAAGCAAAGCUGUUCUGUUACCAUCUUCAGCCUCUCCUAAGGACACCAAGAACCACACUGACAUCACUCGCAGCACCGCCAGGCCAGGUCAUUUUCAGGAGGCUCACGCCCACAAGGAGCCUGAGUGGCCAUUUCAGAAGGAUUUAUCCACCGAGAUCAUCUCAUUGACACCUUGUGACAGUCAAGACUUUUCUGUCAGUCCAAAAGAAGAAAACAAUGUCUCUGAACGGACCAAGGAAGGCUACAGACAUCUACAGCCCAUAAAGCCAACAGUGACAAGUACCCAAACAUCCCACACAAACACACCAGCAAACAAUCAGUCUGUUAACAGUUCAUAUCAGCAGAAGGCCCAGAAUAAAAUGUUUGAUGCCCCCAGGCCGUUGGAUAGCCAGGUGUUUGUGCCAGCAACCCGCAUGUCUCCAGAGUGUGCCAAUUCCAAUGCCUCCUUGAGAUCAAAGGAAUACAGUGAAGAAACCAGACUACCAGGAGUUCCUUCUGCUGCACCAUCACCCCCAGCUGGAAAGCUCCAAGAUCAGAGGGAGAAUUGGGAUCACUUGAACAGACAGCAGGCAGGAAACGAGCAAUAUUUCACAGCCACCCAUGCUGAGAAUGCCAACUAUUUAACAAUUCCCGUGAAAGCCCAGAAACCCGAAGCAGCUCCUAAGCCCUUGGUGCCCUCCCAUCCAGACCACACUUUGGUCAGUUCCAAUGUGUUCAACCAGCCAGGUGGGGAAGCACCCGUGAGCACAAUAAGCAAUGAGUCUCCACAGUUGAAAGCGCCAGAGGGCAAGGCAGCCGCAGACCACUCUGUGAAUGACCAGCCAAGCCAUGUUCAGCCCCAUCACAGAGUCAACGACUCACCCAAUUUCUUGAGGAGGAACAACGGUGUUUCACCAGGCAGUAGAAGUGCCCCUAGCCCCACCAGGUCUUUUGCUCCCCAGCCCCAGGCUCACAGGAAAAUGCUCAUUGAUCCAGACAGCGGGAAGUGCUACUACAUGGAACCUCCCAGACAGCCGCAGCUGAAAAUGCUCUAUGACCCAGAGACAGGCCAGUACCUUGAAGUGUUGAUACCCCCAGUCCCCUUGGCAUCACAUAGUAGGCUUUACCCAUCUCCUUUCAACCCAUUGGUCAUGAAUCCAGGGGUUUACGGACCUCCCUACAUACCAUAUCCAGGAUUCCCAGGGUUUCCUCCUCCUCCUGUGGCUAUGCCAUCCGUCCAUCCCGAUCUGCCAAAUCAACAGCCCGGUCAAGAAAAUACAAAUGUAACUGAAACCUUCAGCCCUAGUCCAAAAGGCGAAGCUCCACCAGCUACUCAAGCCACCGACUGCAACUACAUGGAGAGUUUAUAUUAUAUUCCUACUGGGAUGAAUUCAAGUCCUAGCCCUAAUCAGCCUUUAUUCUCCCCAGCUACAAGUUCCAGUCCUUCCAUGCCAGAGAAAGGGCCCUUGUUCCGGAUGUAAGACCCUCACCCAAAUGAACAUGCAGCACACGGAGAGUUAAAAGUGGGUUUCCCUCAAUGAAUGUAUAUUGCGUAUUUAUUUCUGAACAUUUAUACUUGAAAACAAGUCAAGCCUACACCAGUCCCCAAGAUGUGGUGGAAAAGGAGAGAGACCCACUGCCUGACCCCGCUGAUUAUACUUUGCUCCCCUUGUCCAGAUGUUUGGGCUUCCGAAGCAAAUCAGAGGUAACAGUGCACCAAGAAGACGGCACGGUGCACAUCACUUCCUGUUCAUCUCAUUGGUUUCUAAUGAGAAUGCAGAAUGCAAUAGCCAGACUAAUUAAAUGUAACCAGCCCUGACCAUCCUGGUGCUUGUGAAGUCAAUGGGAGUUUUGCUAUUGAUUUCAAAGGGACCAGGAUUUAGCCUAGCAGCCUCUCUCAUCCAUAACUGCUGAGCUGUUUCUUGAUGCACAGAACAAAGUAUUCUAAUGCUGGGCCUGAUCCUGGGAGGUGCUGUUCACCAGCCACCAGAGUUAUGUGUGCUCAGCACUAAGUGAAUCAGGAUCGGGCCCUGUGCCAGGUAAUUGUCAUUUUAUUUUGGUUUUUGCUUAGUCUGUGUUGGUAGGACACUGUCCAGGAGAAGCCCACUCUCUCGCUUUGAAAGACAAAACUUCCACUCGUCAGCAUUACAGAAAUUACCCGCACAACCUAGCUUGUAUUUGUAAAGAUCGCUGUUUCAAGGGGCUGCAUGCAUGAAGGCUGGACUGCAUACCGCCUCCCGGAUUGUUUUGUUCCGUCAAGCAAAGAGUUUGUGCAAAGGGGAGGGCAUGCUGCGUUAUGGGCAAUGGAUACUGGCUGGGAAAUUAUUUCAGGGAAGUUUUCUACCUUGCAGGAGGGCAGCUUGGCUGGUCACAGUGUGACAGCCUGGGAAUCUGUGAGAGCUGUUAGGAACUUGUCCAAGAAUUUUCAAUAUUAGCAAAAAGGGUCAAUAAUCGUUUUUACAAAUAGGUUCUCAGACCCUUGGGAAAUCUUAGCUGUUUCCGGCUGCUUUGGAGGACUGGCUGGGUGAAAUGCAUGCCCUGCAGAGGGAAGGUACCUCACGUAAGUCCUGCUUAAGCUCUUAAGGCUCUUACCUGCCAGCUUAAGCUCUUACCUGGACACUGCAAACAGUUGCAAUGUGGGCUUGGCGUUGCCUUUUCUUGCAAUGAUUUGUACUUGUUCACAUGUAUUUUUCAUGGUAUCAUUAAUCCUUUGGUUUCUUUGGCCUACACACUCCCCAGGUAUAUCUAUA